UGUCUCCUUUUCCUCAUCUCCUUUCUUUUAUCUUUACCUUACCUCCCCUUUCCUUCCAUCUUUUCCCCUCACCCUCUCCUCGAUUUCUUUCUUUUUCUCAUCUCUUUUCUUCUAAUCAUCUCUUCUCUCGUCUUUCAUAUCUCCUCUCAUCUCCUUUCAUCUUAUUGUCUUCAUUUUCCUCUCGUCUCUCCUUCCUGCCUUCCUUUUCUCCUCCUCUCAUUCCAUUUCUUUCUCCUUCUUCUAUGUAAAACCUUCCUCCUUUUCUUUCUCCUUCCUCAUUUCCUGACCUUUAUCUAUACUCUCCAAUCCCACUUGUCAUCCUCUCCUACAAAGAUCUCUCUCUCCUCUCCACGCAUCUCUUACUCUUUCCUUUCAUCUCUCCUCCUCCUCCUCUUCCUCCUCCUCCUCUUCUCUCUUCCAGCGGUAGAGAGUCAGCGAACAGCGAGCGGCAGCAGCAGCGUCACUCAGCUCGGCAGCAACUCGCAUGAAAGUCGGGAGCUCUGCUUUUCUUUCUCCUGCAUCUUUGUUUUUUUCCUUCUUUAUUUUUGAAUUACCUUCUCAUUUUUGUUAAAUCUCUUCUUCCCAUUUUCUCAUCUCCUAUCCACUUUUCUUGUUUCUUUCCCUCCUGCCACAUUGAUCUUUUUCUCAGUGCAGCAGUAUGAGGGUGCCGUGCAUCCCGAACGGGGUUUCUGUCCUUGCUCCAACUAGAUCUUGUAGCCGUAUGCUUUUCUUUUUUCUUGUUGUUGCAUCUCAUUGGAGUAAGUAGGCCAGUCUCGUAGCUUUUACACAGUAUGUCAACCUGUGGGUUCCGAUGUGCUUGUGAGUGGAUAUUUUAAGGUGUGACUUUUAAAAAAUCCUACCCUAAAUCAUACAAAUCCCUCAUGCGGAGGCAAGAUGUGGUGUGGCACAUUGAGGAGUGUGUUUUGGAGGUGUAAUGUUAUGAAGUGUUUACUGUAGCUGAGAGGACUGGAGAUAUGCAUGUGUAAUUUUUGUUCUGUUUGCUUUAAAAAAUCUAAUAUUUGGAAGCUGGUUGCUUUUUUCCCUUUUUUUCCCUCAUUCCCUUUGCCAUUUUUGCACUUUAUUUCCUCACUGGUUGCCUCUUAGUGCGCCAAAUGCACAGGAGUUUUGAAAAAUGUGGAUCGUAACCGUUUAACCAGGAUGGACUUAUCGGAUGUAUUCACGCCUGUAAUGGCCACGAUGCCGGCCACUUUGCUGCCAAACUCUUCUUUGGAGAAUGUCAGCCAGGCGUCCCCUUCCUCGUCCAGAUCUCCUCCUCUACCUCCUCACUCGCAGGUGGCGUCCGUGCUCAUCGUGGUGGUGGUCACCGUCAUCAUCCUGGGUACCGUGGUGGGCAACGUUCUGGUGGUGGUGGCAGUGUUCACCAGCCGAGCCCUCAGGGCGCCUCAGAACCUCUUCCUGGUGUCUCUGGCCUCAGCGGACAUUCUGGUGGCGACGCUGGUCAUCCCCUUCUCUCUGGCCAAUGAGGUCAUGGGCUACUGGUACUUUGGUUCCACCUGGUGCUCCUUCUACCUGGCUCUGGACGUCCUGUUUUGCACUUCCUCCAUUGUCCACCUCUGUGCUAUCAGCCUCGACCGCUACUGGUCCGUCACUAAAGCCGUCAGCUACAACCGCAAACGGACACCCAAGCGGAUUAAAGCGAUGAUCAGCAUUGUGUGGCUCAUUUCUAUCGUCAUCUCGUCCCCGCCGCUCCUCAUGACCCAGAAGGAGAAGGACGUGGAGUUGGAGGACGAGAGCGACGCUCCGAUGCAGGAGUGUCUCCUCAUGAACCAGACGUGGUACAUCCUCUCCUCCUGCCUCGUGUCCUUCUUUGCACCAGGAGUCAUCAUGAUACUCGUUUACUGUAAGAUCUACCGCGUCGCCAAACAGCGAGCCUCCACCGUGUUCGUGGCGAAGAACGUGAUGGAGCGGCAGCCGUCACAGUCCGAGACCUGCUUUGUGGGCGCCGCCAGGACUUGCCAGUUAAAAGGAGCCCAGUACGAGUUGGACAGUCCACGGCCUGCGAACCGACACAGCUCCUCCAACGUGGACAGCAACAGCAGCGGCCAACGGAGAGAUGAGCUGGACGACAUCGACUUAGAGGAGAAGAGCUGUGAGGCAGACGUGAAAACAUCCUCCUCGUUUUCCUCGUCUCUGCGCUUCCCCAGGAGAGCCGCCAUUAGAGUGAAAACAGAGGAGGGGAAGGCCGAGGGAGCAGCAAACAGGUUGAAACCACCUCCUCCUCCUCCGUCCUGCGCCUCCAUAUCCUGGGCCUCCUCUGAACACUGCUCCAACCACUAUCUCCUCCCCUCGCCGGUGCCGCUCCGCAGCCGGCAGAUGUCUCUUUCCAAAAACAAAGUGGCACAAAUGAGGGAGAAGCGCUUCACAUUUGUUCUGGCUGUGGUGAUGGGCGUUUUUGUGCUCUGCUGGUUCCCAUUUUUCUUCACUUACAGCCUCCACGCUGUCUGCAGGGAGAACUGUGUCAUCCCCGACACGCUCUUCAACCUGUUUUUCUGGAUCGGAUACUGCAACAGCUGCCUGAACCCCAUCAUAUACACGAUUUUUAACCGAGACUUUAGGAGGGCCUUUAAGAAGAUUUUAUUCCAGACUCACAAACGGACUUAAGAUGAAAAUGUACGACCCUGUCACCCAAAAAUUACAUUUCCACACAACUAAACUGCACUCUCAUUUACAAUUUUUAAAAAGAACCAGAUUUUUUCCCUGAAAUGUAAGACUGCAAUGUCAUCACAAUACCAACCAUCCUUGCCUGAAUAAGUCGAUACCUAGAUGAUACCACAGACAAAAUCUGAAACAUCAGAUAAAGUAAUGGAAUAAUAGAUGACAGAAGAUGGGACUUUACAAUUAUAUGCAGUGAUUUGCAGUAAUUAUAAUGUCAUUGCAAGGCAGUGAAGGAUGUGAGAAAAAGCUGUGUAACAACAGAUAAAUUGUUGUACCACAGUGUGUUCAAACAUUUUUAUGUCCAACCAGAACUGGAGAAACUCUUCCGCAAAAGCAGUUCUUAGUGAAGGUUCAAUCCUUGCAGAAGUAAGUGCAGCAGCAAUUUAGUGCACAUUUUAGUCUUUAACUCUUUUAGCAGGAAUUCAGUUGGUCAGCACAGCUGGUGCUGACAGUGUGUCAGCACACUGUGAACACCUGAUUUAAAACAGUUUGCAAGCUAUGGAAAAGUUAGCAUUGCAAGUACAAAAGCUGUGUUUGCAUAUAGAUGAUGAUAGAAAUGGACUACCACAUUGGUAAGAUGGCUUAAAAGAUUAGAACAUAUGAAACAUUUGUCGCUGGUCUUUGCAAAUGACCUCCUUAAACUUGGAUGGUGACAAAAAAUUGUUUCAAAACGAAUCUCACAGACAGUUGACUUAUAUUUGAGGACAUGAUGUACUUUUGUUAUCUCUCACAUUCACUAACCUGUCGCUCUUUGAAUUCUUUGUAAAAGUCAGCAUGUCUGUCGGUGAGAGGCUUUACUAAGUUGGACGUUGCGACUCCAACAGUCUGCAUAGAUAAAACAUCCUUUGCAGACAGGCUUUGCGGUGUUUCACCCUCACUUUCAGCUAUGUAGGCGACAAUUCCUUAUUUUUUUGUGCGUUUGCCUUAUGGUGGCAGGAAUGUCUCACCACAACUACAAUCACACUGCCCUGCUGUGACACAUUGACAUUAAGCAUCGGAAACGCUGCUCUCAGCUAAACACUGCUGUUCAAAAAAGUACUGGUACUGUUAAAAUGGGAUCUAGUAUCAGUUUAAAUGGCAGAAUAUUACAGUACUUUUCUAGUAUCGGCAUAUUAUACUAGUGUAUUAACGCUAGCAGAAAAAGGCUUCCAAUUUGAAGGGGGCAGAAAGGGAAGCAGGAUGAAGACAUAAGGGGGCACAAGUAUGAAAGAGUCCACACCACAUAAUUCAGCUUCUGGAAGAGUCAAUGAACUGCUCCACAGGCAUCUGAAUGAAGUCCAGAAUCUGCGUAGAGUGACUUCACUUAUAAGAGCAAUAAUGCACAUGGUCUGCAGUAGUGUACAUGCAUGAAAACGUAGGUGUGACCUGCUGUGCAUGCAUGCAACGGAGUCUUCCAAGCAGGCUGACUAAGACCAGAAAAGAAGUAAAAUUUCAACAACUUUAAAUCUGUGGUGUCUACACCAGAAUAUAAUCAAGGCCUAAGUCAGCAAUAGCACCCAGGAGGCCGGGGUUUGUGCAUCUUGUAGUUAUUUUCCUUCACUCUUUGUUUAGAUUUAUGCACCAAAUUUACGUGGUUAAAUUCAGAAAAACAUCACGCUUUGGUUGACAUUUUAACAUAACUACAUGGUAGAAGCUUGGAUAUGUUUAUAAAUCAAUCUUAUGUGGUUAGGUUUGGGUAAGUAUCAUGGUUUAUAACUCUUCCUCAACCUCUAUGAAGCUUCUUUUACAUUUUCUGGGUAACCACAGUCACAUCUAAUAUAUGGUUGGUUAAAAAUGGGUGGCAGUGAAGCAAUGAAAUAAAUGACUAAGAUGUGUUAAAUUUUAGAAAACACGUUUUUCCUAAAGUGUAAUUGCAGUUUAGCUGUGUGGGAUUGUGAUUUUUGGGUGGACAGGGCUGGAAUGUAUGUGUUUGUGUGACACAGAAUGAAACACAAAUGUGCAGUUUUAACCCUGUUUUCCACUGUGCUGUCAUAUCGACAUUAAAGGGCUUGUCAUACA